ACUAACAAUUAGCAUUGUUAGAUUUUCAGUUCCUAAUAAUUAAGAGACUAUUACUAGAUAAAAUGAAAAUCUCAGUUAUUAUCUUAUUAGUCGUCUGUGUGACAUCAUCGCAUGCCUUUACGUUAGAUUUCCUCAGAGCUCGUCUUUCUUCUAUGGUGAACUCAGCAAAAAAAUGUUACGUCGGAGAAGAUGAAAAAUACAAGAGCACUAAAUGCAAGAUCGACGGAUCAGCUGCAUGCGUAACGAAACUACUUUUUCCCGCCGAUCAAGACCAGUCAGCAAUAGUCACAAAAUCUUGUAUGGAAAAAAACGAAUGCAUGCAACUUUCGGAUAAAAACAAGGAAUUGUGUCCUAAUGAUGAGUCUGCAGAAGGAGAAAGAGUGUGCUACUACUGCUGUUUUACCGAUGAUUGUAAUCAAGAGAUAAAAAUCAAAAUUGUUUCCAAAGACGAUUAAAACACUUUAUGAUAUAUUUUUGUUGACAACAUUUGUUUAUAUUACAUUCACACUUGUUAGGGGCAUUUCUUUAUGUACAACGGCGCGUGGAAGCGCUACUGAAUUUUAUAGUUUUUUUUUAGCUUAGAAUUCUGCAUAUAUUAAUAAAAAAAAUGUCACUAUUCACUGCAAACAAAAAUGGGAAAUUUUAAGAUGUUUGCACAAUAAUUGAUUACCUUGAAUAUCUUAUAUGAUGAAUUCUGAUUGUGUAUUUUCUAUGAUUAGUGAUCAAGUAAGUUGUAGAUGUACCGAUCAACUGUGUUUUAUAUAUUAAUAAAUAUAUAUAUAAAAAAGAAUUCUGCAUGUUUCGUUAUUGCCUAAUUUAACUGUUUCUAAAUGUGAUGAAGCACUACAAGUUUUUUUCUCAUGUUUUUGCAUGUUUAUUGUGUACUUUUAUCAAUCAAUCAUAAAUGCAAAAAAGCAAUUACAAUAUUAAAUGUCCGAAAAGAA